UUCCUUUUUGGUUUUUCUGCUUUUUAUGGGGGAUUGGCCAUUGUGGAAGGGACAGGUAAGAGGUUUGACAAUUAUAUUUUAAAUGGGGGAAAAAGGACGCGAGGUAAUGGGGUUGAGGACAGUUGUGGACAACAAUAACGACCUCUCUCCAUUAUUAAAAAUAAAACCUGCGCCUAAUAAACACAUUUUCUGUUUAAAAAGACAGUUUCUAGGUUUAUUUCCAAGCUUAUUUUAAAAUUAAUUUGUCUCAAAUUUUUUGCUUCAUGUUUUUGUUUCAAGUUUUUAUUUCAAGUUUUUAUUUCAAGUUUUAGUUUUAAGCUUUUGCUUCAAGUUUUUGUUUAAGUUUUUAUUUCAAGUUUUUAUUUCAAGUUUUAGUUUCAAGCUUUUGCUUCAAGUUUUUGUUUAAGUUUUUUUAGGUUUUGCUUAAGUUUAUUUUUCUUGAUAUUAAAGUUUAUUUAAAUCAAGUUUAUUUUUUUUUGCUUCAAGUUUAUUUAUAAUUCUUCAAUUAAAAGCUCAAAGUUUAUUUUUAUUCAAGUUCAAGCUUAUUUAAUUAUUAAUAUUUACUUAAGUUUCUAAGUUUAAGUUUAUUUGCUAGUUUUUAUUCAAGUUCAAGCUUAUUUAAUUAUUCCUAUUUACUUAAGUUUCUAAGUUUAGUUUAUUUGCAAGUUGUUUUAAGGCUUUAUUUUUAAGUUUUAUUUUCUCUAUUGAGCUUCAAGUUUAAUUAUUUAAGUUUGCUUCAGGUUUAUUUUUUCAAGUUUAUUUACAAGUUGUUUUUAAGGCUUUAUUACAGUUUUAUUUUCAUAGUAAGCUUCAAGUUUAAUUUUUAAAAUAAUGCUUCUAGUUUUUGUUUUGCUUCUAAUUUCUUUGCUUCAAGUUUAUUUUUUUGUUUUGCUUCUAAUUUCUUUGCUUCAAGUUUAUUUUUUUGUUUUUGCUUCAAGUUUAUUUUUUUAUUUUUGCUUCAAGUUUAUUUUUUUGUUUUUGCUUCAAGUUUAUUUUUUUGUUUUUGCUUCAAGUUUAUUUCUUUGUUUUUGCUUCAAGUUUAUUUUUUUGUUUUUGCUUCAAGUUUAUUUUUUUGUUUUUGCUUCAAGUUUAUUUUUUUGUUUUUGCUUCAAGUUUAUUUUUUUGUUUUUGCUUCAAGUUUAUUUUUUUGUUUUUGCUUCAGGUUUAUUUUAGCUGUUUCGAAGGUUUAUUAUUAAAGUUUAUGCUUCAAGUUUACAUAAUAUGCUUCAAGUUUUAUUAAUUUAAGUUUUGUUUCCAAUUUCCAGAAUGUUUAUAAAAACACUAUAUAUUUUUACCUAUUCUUUUAUUGCUUCCUUAGCAGCAGCAUCACCUUAUAACGGGGAUAAUAACUAUUAUUAUCCGACUGCCCAGCAAAGUAAUAGUUAUUCCCCUUCCCCCUCAACUCCGUUCCUUUCAACACCGGAUAUUAUAGAUAACGAGGUUGUAGAAGCUCCACUGAUUCAUUGUACAGACAGAGGCGUUGAAUUUAGUAUUAAAACUAAAAAUACUUUUCGGUACUUUAAUUACCGUAUUUUCUGUAUUAAAGCUCCAUUAGUCCCCUCUGUAUUAAAGCCUUUUUAUCUGCCGUACCCAUUUUGUCGUUUGCACUAUUUUGUCGGUUGUGCUAUUUUGUCGGUUGUACCCUUUUGUCGGCUGAGCCAUUUUGUCGUGUGUACCAUUUUGUCGUUUGUGCGAUUAUGUCGGUUGUACCCUUUUGUCGGCUAUGCCAUUUUGUCGUUUGUACUCUUUUGUCGACUGUCCCUUUUUGUCGGCCGUACCCUUUUGUCGGUUGAAAAAUAAAAUCCCCUGGGGCUUUAUUACAGAA